GUAAGAGACGAGCCGUCGCCAUGGUUUCGGGGAAGAGGAUGGCUGACGUGGGAUACAAGCUGUUCUCGGGAUCCAUGAUGCUGCUGACGGUGUACGGCGGCUACCUGUGCGUCCUGCGCGGACAUCGCUACAUGGAGCGGCAGAAACAGCUUCAGCUUCAGGCGGAGAAUCAAACGAACUCGGACUGAUCUCAAAAUGGAUCCCUUUCCGAGACCUGCGCGAGCUGACAUCAUUCGCACAUCGAAAGUCGCUUCGACCUCAGCCUCUCGUUUCACCCAAAGAAGUCAUGCAAGAAAAGGCAACGCACCACAACUCCACGCUUUGAAUUACAGAAACAUGUUUUUGCCUUGGUAACAUUAUAUUCUAGUUAAAAUCAGUGAAUUGUUUUAUGUAUAUAAUUGAAAAUGAACAAUGUCUGAUUUAAGUGUAACAGCCUUUUCAGUUUCUUUAUACUCGAAACUGGACCACUGCACUAGAAAAUACAAUUUUGUGUGACCUGCUCAUUAAAAUGUAGACUAACUUA